UUUCCCUCGUCCGCACCACUUCCGCUACUGUGCAUCACGAGCACGUGAUGCGCCAGGCGGUGUCAACAACGAUGAUGGGAGGCAUGGAGGCUCCGCUGCCGAUGCGCUCUCUCGUGCUGCUGCUGCUGCCGUCGCUCCUCUCGGCGGUGUCGGCGCAGACCCCGGGCUGCGCGCUCACCAUGAAAUCCGGGAAGCCGUCCGAACGCGAGGCUCUGCUGCUCGCCCGGCUGGAGCCCCUGCGCGGCACAACACUGGUUUCGAGCUACCAGUCGGACGACGAUGUCUACAACUACACGUUGCGCGUGUGCGACUCCGUGGCCGGGGCCCCCGCCACCGCGGGACUGGUGCAGCGCGACGCCAAGGGAGCCCAGACUGUCGUGGGGCGGAUCAAUGAGACGCACCUCAUCGGCGGCCUCGACUGGAUCCUGCUGAUUUACAAGGGUGGCGAGGCCUACGACAGCCACUGCCACUCGGAGAAGCGCAAGGCCAUGGUCAUGAUCUCCUGCGACCCCUACAAGCUGGCCAGUCAGCUGACGAUCGUGAGCGAGGAGCGGGAGAAGGACGCCGACUGCUUCUAUCUGUUUGAGAUGAGCAGCUCGGUGGCCUGCAACGACCAGGGCAGCGGCCUCGGAGCCGGCGCCAUCAUCUUCAUCGUGCUGCUGGUGCUUAUCGCCGUGUACCUGCUCGGCGGUUUCCUGUACCAGCGCUUUGUGGUUGGAGCGAAGGGCGCAGAGCAAAUCCCAAACUACCACUUCUGGCAGAACCUGGGCAACAUCCUGGCUGAUGGCUGCGACUUCGUGUGCCGCUCCAAGCCGAAGAACCAGGCGGCGGCGUACCGCGGUGUGGGCACCGGGGCCGAUGGGGACGGCGCCGAGGAGGAGGAGGAGAGGGACGACCACCUCCUGCCCAUGUGACCUGGCGUCUGCCCCCCCGCCCGCACCCCCCUCCCCCCAGCGACUCGCUCCCUCGGGUCGCCACCCCACCCACCCACCUCGCGUCUCUCUCUCACACACGCACAGCCCGCCGGACCUGCCAAACCCAUCCCCGCCAUCACCCCCUGCUGCCGCCCCCGCUUAGAGACGUAACGACCUCAUCGUCGUCGUCGUCGCGAUCACCGCCACGUGUCUCGGGGUCACGAGUUCACCGGUCGGAGGUUAGCAGAGCACAAUUCAUUUACAGCUGCUUGUCAAUCCACUGCUGGAUGAAGGCCCCCCCCCUCCCCCCACGUCCAGUUCAGUCAUGGGGGAAUUCUUUUUUUUUUCCAUACUUCACUUUUCCGACCGGAGCAGAUAAACCACCACUGAUGUUAGCCAUGGCCCCCGGGGCUGCCGCACUUGUACCGCACCGCGCGCUAACCACUCCGCCACCACUCUUCCCUACCCCCCCCCCCCCCCCCCCCCCCGAUUCAUGAUUCAGGGUGGUGGUACAAAUCAGGGUCGUGGUACGAUUCGGGGUCACGGUUAGUGUUCCAAUUCAUCGCAGUGCGAGCCUCUAGCAGUCUACACUGGAGUGGAUCUGUAGCUCCCGUCGUGUUCUAAACCUAUGGCGUUUGAAGUGUAGUGGUUAUGUAAACUCUAUAGCAGCAUUAUUCCAUCGAAUCUGUAGCAAUGUGAUAUUAAAGACUCUACAGUGGAGUGAAUCUAGACUCCACAUUAGGGUGAAUCUGGAGUCCACGGCAGAGUGAGUCUAGA